CAAAUUCUGUCAAAAAACCUUCGUCGAAGAACAGCUUGUCUUGCUCUGUUUUUUUGAAAUAAAGAAAAUACUUUUUUUUGUGGUCCUAAUAGUACAGCAAGAUCAUAAAAAAUUGAAACGAGUAAAAUGUCCACCAACGACGAUCCAAACAACAACAGCCCCACUCAACGCCUCAGCGUGGGCACGACCGGCGGGGGCCAACCAUCAAACGAUCAGCAGGUGCCUCCACCCAAAAUGUCCACGACUAGCGCUGCCUUGUUUUCCGAUUUGCAGCGGCUGUUGCGAACUGAGCCAACGGUGGUGGACAAAUUGCAGCAGCAAAGCGGCACCACAGCAAGCGCCAUGCAGUUCCAACUGCCCAAUACCGAAGAGAUAAACGCGGUUCGGAGGAGCAGCCGAGUCUCGGGUGCAGGACCUGCUUCGCGAAGUGCCAGUGGGAGCGCCAGCCCGGAGAGAAAUUCUGUACUAGCACAACAACAGGUCUCUAAGAACAACAUCUCGUCAGACCAGCAAUUGCUCCAAAUGGCGUCGUCCUCCGCCGCACAAGUCUCGGCCAACAAACGCCUCUCCGCCACCGCCGGCGCAGCAGCUGCGGGAACCAGCAAGCCGAAGGUGAUGCUCACCGCGGGAUAUAGUAGUAGUGCGGGGAUGAAUAAAAUAAACCGAAAACCCAUCGUGCGACACACGGUGGAUUACUCGCGGAACAGCUCGCACCGCUGUGUGAAAGACCACAACUGGGUGGCGAACCAGCCGUCCCAUUUACUCGAUUACCAUCGCGACUUGCGGUCAAAUAUGCCGACGAAGUCGAUGAAAACGAUCAAGCCGGGAGGAAAGACGUAUAUUCCGGGGAAGGGCUACGAAAAGGUGGCGGCGCAUCUCACGGAUUCGCUGCCGUUAAGUCACGAGCAUCCGCAUGAUCUGGUAUAGAAGAUUCGGGUUUUAGUACUUAAAUAAUAGCUUCUAUAAUUUCAUACAUUGUUCCAUCACCUCCAUCUCUACGGUGCAUGACAACUGACCUCUGCAUUUAUUAUUUUUUGCAAGCCAUAAUGAUGCAUUGCAAGUUCAAAUUCCAGUCACGACGGACCCAUGUUUGCAAUUAUCAGGUCCGCGAGCGUAGCAAACCGGGCAGAGCUCUGCACACCCGGCCGGUGUCUCCGAAACGGGGUGGAGCAGCGGACCAGCAACGGCUUUCGGCUGCGGAGAUGCCGCUUGGUGUCCGAAAUUCCCAGGAGUUGCUGGUGGAAGACGGUGUUUCUAUGCGGAUCUCCGGGAGUCCGGCACGCACGGUGCCCUCCGGCAACCAGCAAAUGUUCCAGUUUUCUCCCGCUUUCGGGGAGCACGACACGUGGAUACAUGCGGAGCGCGGAAGUGGUGCAGCUUCGUCCUCGUCCAUUAUGAAGAUGCCAAGUACCGGCACGCCGGUGGUGCUAGAAGAACAGCAGCUCGGGGCAGGUAGAAACAGUGGAUCUAGUGCAGCGGCCAUUGUACCAUCAAAGGAUGAGGUGGAGAGGUGGGUUGCACAGUUUCCAACCAUGAAUGAUGCGCAACGGGAAGGGAUUCUGAAGGAACUGGUAUAGGGUUCGUUCUUUUUGCUUGAUGUGUGAUGCGAUGCUACAGUUCGACUUCAAAUUCAAUGUGUGAUCCACCGUGGUCGUAAUACAUUACUGGACGGCAUCUCCAAUCUACGGUUCGUUGACUUUGUGCUUUCUUGGACGGCAUCUCAUUCUCAUGAAGAUGGUUUUCGCAUGGAGCAAUAAGUUUCGACACCAUGAUCUUCAGGUCCGCAAAAUCCGGUUUCUUUCCAAACUCCAAUACGGGUCCAUUACCGGUUCGCAAAUCAUGUGGCAAGCGUGCGCGGAUUUGCGCUUGCAGGGUCACUUGUCGGAGCGAACGAAGCAACAACUGCUGAAGCUGGAAAGUUCUUCUAUCAACUCUGGGCAGGACUUCAUCAGCUCGGACCUGCUCCUCUCCACAAACGCAGGAAACGUGGACGCCGCGGAUUUGGAAGCAAUUAUGCCCGAUGACCCGGUCCUGCUCCAGGAAGAGUUGAAGCACCUCCGAGCAGAGUUGCAGAUCACGAAGUUGGAACUUUUGCAGGCGAACAUGCUCGCGGAAGAUCCAGAACUGGCCAGACAGCACCAGCAUGGAUCCAUGUUGGACAGUUUGGGCGCGUCCAGCAACUUUCUGAUACGCAUUGCAAAGGCAAAAAAUCGCACUCUUCGUACAAAAUGCAGUCUGGCAUGAUUUUCAUCUCUUAUGAUGUUUGGAAAUUUGUCAAAAUCAAUGCAAGGUCCACUACUUACGUGAACGUGCAUUGCUAUGCUUUUGCGAUGCAUAUCUGAAUGAAGUGGACAAUUUCGCCACGGGGACGAGAAGGUCAACGAAUUUGCGAGCGACGAGUCCCUCCCCACGAACGGGGGGAGCAAGUGGCAUGUCGGCGAAUUCCAUGCUGAUGCGCACCGGCCCCCUGAACAGCAUUUCUGCGGCGACGGCGGACAUGGAAAAGCUGAAUCAAGACCUGGAGCAGCAGCUCCAAUUCUUGAAAUACCGAGAACACUCCCUCGAGCUCCUCGGCGCGGCCUCCAAAAUGCCGCUGAGCAGUGCCGCGUCGGCGAUCACGGGUGGAGGGCGGAGCAACCGGUCCAGUCCAACCGCCAGUCCGGUUUCCUCCCCGAUGGACACAGCAAUUCCGGGCGGGUCUUUAUCGCAAGAAAAAAGUGCUACAGUUACACAUUGUGUUGCAGGCCAAGCAAGACAGACCAGCUCUGUCAUGCCGGAUAUGCAUAGGAGCCUCGUUUCAACGCAGGCGUUUUCCCGUAGGAUUUCUGCAUUUCAAGUUUUCUCUCUCAUGCAGGGACAUUUGUGUUGCUACAUUGCCUACAAAUGUGUAACUGUAGCACUUUUUUCGUGGGAUAGUCUUCUUCUUGCUCCCACCAGGGUGUCACGCCGAGUCUGAAACUGCUCGACGGAGCGCAGCUCACGCAUUUGACGUUUUUGCUGGAAAACCACUCGAUGCUCACGACGACGUCCUCGGGGAAGAGAAAACAGACCUGCUCAAUCAAAACGAAAGCCGAUUUAGCGAAGGUCUUGAACGUAUCAAAUGUAAAAGUGUCUGGGUCUGGAAAAAUGGAACUUGUGAUGCUGCCUUUCGAUUCCAAAAGAAUCUGUAUUGCAUGAGCAGCAAAGGGAAUGUAAUUUUUGCUACGCGGAGAGGGCAUUUGUCAUGCGGAAUAGGCAUCAAGAAGCCCUCAAAAAAUCGGUGAUGCUAGGGCACGCAUCACAGACGUCAUGGCUCAUGCAAAACGUGCAUGACAAGUCUCAAAAUUUUCCAGACCCAGACAUUUUUGCAAUUGAUAGAACGAGGUCGACGCGUUCGACUUGCACGCCCUCCGAACGCUUCCCAAACCGGACGCAGUCGCGAAACUCGCGCUGACGAGAUUGUUGAAAGGGCUGCCCAUGGAGGUGAUGGAGUUGUUUCGGGGGAUAAUGCUCGGUGCGGACUUCUCUUAUUUCGCGGAAAUGGCUGGCGGGUCGAUUUUUGAGCAGCUGAGUAGCAAUCCGAACAAUAAACCGGGCCUGAAACAGACUUUGUUUACGACGAAAAAGCAGAUUUUGCAAAAGUGCGAGGACGUAAAGCAGUUCUACAGCAGCUAUUCAAGAAAAAAACACCAUCGCGAUCACUUUUGCACAUUUUGCAAUACAAAAAUUUUUGUCAUGCGCAAAAAUGCAUCACAGUCAAGAAUUGUUGGUGAUUUCCCUUUGGGUUUUUGCAAUACAAGAAAAAUUUGUCAUGCGAGAGAAAUUUCUGAUGCAAAAGCUUCUAAAUGUGAUUGUGAUGGUGUUUUUUUCUUGGAUAGCAGCAACAGCUUCAACAACAACAAAACGUCGACAGGCACUGAGCAGCUGCAGAUUUUCCUCGACCGGUUACAGCUCCUGCAGUCCGUGAUCAGCGACAAGAUGGAUGAUGUGCAAGCGGGGUUUGUGCGGCAUUUGCUGCAACCAGAUCCGUAUGAAUUGCAAAAGUAUCGUAAUAUUCGUAUAAAUGCAUUACAAAUUUCCUCAGCGUGAGAAAUAAAAUUUGUAAAUGCUAAUUUGCAUUAAGACCACCAUUUGUAAUGCAUGAUUACAAUACGAGUUCGAUGCUUUUGCAAUGCAUAAUCCGGACGCGAAACUUCAUAUGCGAAAGAUUCUGAACGAACUGCAGAACAAACUCAUACCGAGUCUGUACAAGGUUUUGGUCUUGAAAAAGGUGGAAAACAACAGCGAAGAGAAUGCGGGAGGAGCAACAGGAGGAAGUUCAUCCGAGGACACGAUGUCAGUCGUCGACCAGAGUGCGGCGAACUAUGAAUUGCAAAAAUGUCUGGGUCUGGAAGAUUGCAACUUGUCAUGGUAAAUCUGAAGCAUGCAAAAAUCUGUGUUGCAUGAGUGCCAAAAGCUGUCCACUUUUGACCAAGCUGGAACGGAGUUUCUCAUGCAGAAUACGCAUGGCAGAGACCUCGCAGAGUCUGUCAUGCUAAGUCCAGCACUCCAGACCUCAUGGGUCAUGGAAAAUCUGCAUGACAAGUCUACACUCUUCCAGACCCAGACAUAUGUGCAAUGCAUAUGAACAGGCGGAUCUCGAUUCCGGGGGUAAAUGACCUGAUGCAGCCCGAGGAUUUGAAAAUUGAGGAAGCACUGCGAGCGGAAGAGGAGAGCAUGAUGAAUAACAAUAACAGCACUGGGUCUGCAGGACCAGUGGCGGGAUCUUCGCAGCAAAUAAAUGCGGCGGAACAGCAAUUGAGUCGCGGUAGUGUCAACUUCGGGCGCGCCUCUGUCGCAGAAGAAGCAGCCCCUGCGGGACAAAAGGAACUGGCACAGCAAGCCCAAGCUGCUCCUACCGAAGCAGUAGAUCCCAGCAACGCAGUGGCCGCUCGCAUGGCCGAAAUCAAAAAGAAGAAACAGACUCAGCGAGGGCUCAUGGAAACAACACCAGCAACGGCUGAAGCAGAAGUACCAGCAGAACAGGGCGAGGUAGCCGCCCAAGCAUCAGCACCAGCAGAAGCAGUUGACUUCUCAACAGUAGAGCCGAUGGAUACCCCCCUGGCCGCCCGCAUGGCGGCGAUAAAAGCGAAGAAACAGGGCGCGAGAAGCAUGAACAUGGAGCGGAGAGCAAGCCGGGACGCAAGCUCGGAUGGAACUGGCGUACAGGGAGGUGGGCCGGCGGAGGAGGUGACUUCUACCCCGGCCGGCGGCAGUUCGCCGACGGGAACUAUCGAUGCGCAACCGGUGAUCUCGGAUCCGUUUGCACCGCAUUAAUGGAGUGUGGCGGUGGAAGAUCAGUGUGUCGCUGAUAAGAAGAACUGUAUCAUACGUUUGAAUGAUUCGAGCGGCUAGCGUUUGAAAAAUGAUAAUGAAUGCACACGUUUAUCUUUAUCAUCCAAGAUUUUAUUACUCAAUUUUCCACGUAGCGUUAAUGUGGAUCUAAUUUCGUUAUUAUCACGUUAUCUUUCAGCAUCAAAUUUUCAGGAGUUUUCAAAGUUGUCUUAUCUCAUCUAGACUCGAUAUUGCUUUACUGGCUUCGUUAUGUGGUUUACUCCCUCACUUUUUUGUACUAGAUUUUUUUUGCAACAUGGUUUCAGCAGCAGAAUCAGAAAUGAAAACUAUGAUCACAACACAAUUUGCGUUAAAUUUCUUCGUCGCUCUUGGCUUGAAGUUUUUAUCUUUGCAUAUGGUCGCUCACUCAGGAGCAUGAUCGUCCUGGUAUGGUAUUAUCAAGUUGAAAUUCUCAUGAUGCAAAAACUUUUGGUCGUCAAGCUUUUAAACAUGCGCAGAGUACCAGCUGUAUUUUCGUUUUCGGGAAGGUAGAAAAUUUGAACGAAUUGAACAUGUACAAUGUUAAUUUGUGCACCCGUAAUAUUGUAUUUAGCAAAUAAACGAUUAGUCGCACAGGAGUAGGCACUUCUCAAGCCCAGCCGGCGACGGCGAGAGCAGGUGUGCAAUUUUACCUUUGCUCGUCCCGAGCUGCACCCAGACAAAUCGUUCAACGUCCUCUCGAUUGCUACAACUGAAGAGUUCUUUGACGCUCGAUACUGAAGUGAGUCGCUCUGUUGUGCGCUGGCCUGCUGUGUGGUUGAACAAGAUUGAGAGACUUGGCAGUGCCACAACUACAAAAGCAAACUGACCUUUGUCCGUUUUGUCUUCGUUGCUCG